UUUGAGUUUGAAACAGCUUAAUCGGUAUGGAAGCAGCAACAUCAUCCACCAUUGGCAUUGGCAGUGGCACUCAGGUACUUUGGGUUCCGCCGGGAGUGUCGGAGCAGAUACUGAGUUGCCAUACUUCCUUCCACCCUCAUCAAGUUGAUCUUCAACAUCUUGUUAACCUCAUUACUAGCGUUUUCCAAAACGCUGCCACCACUUCUUCCAAGGGUGGGGAUCAAUAUGCAGAGUUAAACGAAAUGAUCAACAGGCUGGAGAAUGUGAGUGGCAUGCGUCAAGCAUUGGAAGACAUCAGAAGUAUCUCCUGUGAGAUGUCAUGCUGUGCAUCAGUAGGAAGUGGUGUGGAUGAAACCACAAUGCAGCUGCUCCGGAGGCUAAGAGACUACGCAUGGAACGCCAAAGUGGUGCUGGCAAUGGCAGCCUUCGCCUGCAGCAUCGGCGAGUUGUCGAUGCUCAUGAAGCACCGCAACACCGACCCCAUCGCCAAGUACGUCGAGACCCUCAAGGGCCACCAUUCCAGCACCAUAGACGUCACGGUGCUCGAACGCAUCGGACUUCUCAAGGCCAUGAUCGACGUUGUCAACACGAAUGUGGCCUUCCUGGCACCUUCCAUUUCUCGCAUUCCGAAAGAGGUUCACUCCAUCAAAGAUGCCAUGGCUUGUUCUCCCAUGGCCGCCUACAAGAUCCUCGGCAUUGUUUUGAGAAUUAUAACCAUUUUAAACAAGAAAAAGGACAGUUUGGAAUCCACAAUCCAAGAAUUGAUUGAGUUGGCUAAAGAGGUUACCCUCAUAAAUAAUAUCCUUCAAGAGAAGCUACUGAUUUGCCAGGGGGAUGCUGAAAAGUACACACCGUACCCACUCGAAGACAUUACCAAACUUAUUCCUAGAAUCAGCAUUUCUGAACUCGUCGAUAAAAUCAUGCAUUACAUUAGGAUUCAAGUGAACGAAUAUUUAAGGAACAAGCAUGUUCUGUUUCUCAUAUCGGAUCUCGACAUCUCCGUCGAAGAGAUCAAGGUGCUUAACUGGUUGUACCAGAGAACCGAUCGAAUGUACGAGAUUGUUUGGCUCCCCAUUGUCGACUUGUCGACGUAUGAUGUGAAAAGGUUUUGGGAGCUUAAACAGUUGAUGAAAUGGAAUGUGGCGGUGGAGCCGUCGAGGAUCGAAGCCGACGUGGUCGAGUCUGUGAAGAGAGAGUGGAAUUUCAUAAGGCAGGCGAUUGCAGUGUCGGUGACUCCAGCCGGGGAAGUCCUAUGCCAAAAUGCUCUGCCUAUGUUGUGGGUAUGGGGCAACAUGGCUUUCCCUUUUAGUGACAAAGCUGAACAAAUUCUAUGGAAUUCCAUUGACGAACGUAAAGGUUGGAAGCUUGAUUUGUUGCUUGAUGAGUUCAUCGUUCCGGACAUACGUUCAUUGGUAGAGAAUCGUACGUCGUUUGUUUGCUUGUUCGGAGGCGGAGACAUUUCUUGGAUUCAAGAAUUUACCGAGAAAGUCAAAUACGCCGCGUACGCCGCCGGCGUUUGUUUAAAACUAGUAUACGUGGGAAAUAACAAAGCCAAGUUGGGGCUAUCCAAGACUGACCUCGGUCGAGACAUCAACCUCAUUGAAUCCGAAUUCCGAUGGCGAUUCUGGACCCGACUCGAGAGCAUAUUGUACUCCAAAAUCCGACACGGGAAGACAGUCACCAAUUACAAAACUGACAUAGUGAUCCAGGAAGCCCUGAAAGUAGUAGGCCAUGGCGUAAAAGGUGAAGCGUGGGCCAUUUUCUCAAUGGGACCUGACACAAUGGUGACGACCGACGGCGGAACGGGUCUAGCCAUAAUGUCGAACUACCAGAAAUGGAGACAAGACACGACAGGGCUCCGGUUCCUGGAAGGUUUGAAGCAUUACAAAGGGGUGAUAUCGAGCGAUGUCCAUGGCUGCAUCAAAGUUCAUUUGCCGGUUCUGGGUGGGGUCCCUGGCAUCAUGGUUUGCCCCGAGUGUUCCAAGGUGAUGGACAUGUUUUAUACGUACCGUUGUUGUGACGAGUAAAUUAAAUACAUAAAAUACUUUGCACCUUUAAUUUAUAACCAUCCUUAGGAGUGACAUUUCAACACAUGUGAUGGUGAAUAAGAUGUGGUAUGCUUUGUUUUGAUAGCAUAAU